AGCUCGCUCAGCUGUUCCCAGCUGUUUCGCGCGACGGAAAGCAAAGGUGGCGAUCGUAGACAAUCGUCGUGGCUGCUGUGCGAGAGAUCGCAUCGCGUACGUACGCAAUUUUCCGCGCUCGCAUCGUCGCAUUUAUUUUUAGUACAUAACGAGUUUAGUGCCAUGUCACGUCGCGGCUACGUAUCGACAUCAGGAUUUUUGCUGCGUAACUACACGUCGUCGAGUUCCUGAGGUUGGAACGAGCGAAUUCGUGCAAGGGACGCGAACUUUGACCGUUGUUGUUCGCGACUAAUCUUCUCGAAACGAUUAUCCAUGCGUUAACGACUUUGGUACGCUCGAUCGGCCGGGUGAUCUACACAUUGCUGAGAUUUGUCGUCAGCUGGUAGCUUGACCAAGAUCAUCAUGAAGAAUACGCGAUCCAACAUCUUCCGUGAUAUUUACUAUCAGCCAUACGAUGACAACACGAGGCUCAAGCUUUAUUCCAGCAGUAAAGCUAGCCUACAGCUGAUACAGCGUAUGUCAUUACUGAAGAGCCUGAAGGUUCAUAAUGGUUGUGUGAAUUCUAUAUGUUGGAAUAACAGCGGAGAAUUGAUACUGUCUGGAAGUGACGAUCAGCAUCUUGUUUUAACUAAUGCAUAUAAUUACAAGGUACUAACGGACUAUAAAACCAGUCACAGAGCAAAUAUUUUUAGCGCCAAGUUUUUGCCUAAUAGCGGUGAUCACCGUAUCGUAUCUUGCAGCGGAGAUGGCAUUAUUUUGUAUACAGAUCUCAUGAGACGAACAGAGACGUUCCAUAAUCAAUUCACUUGUCACACUGGCACUACGUAUGAAAUAGCGACGAUACCCGGUGAGCCACAUAAUUUCCUGAGCUGCGGAGAGGACGGAACUGUAAGAUGGUUUGAUCUCAGGAUGAAGGAUAAAUGUAGCGCGACAAGAUGUAGAGAGGAUGUGUUAAUUUCCUGUCAAAGAGCCGUAACUGCUUUAUCCGUGAAUCCUGUGUUGCCUCAUCAAAUAGCGAUUGGAUGUUCCGACAGCACCGUAAGAACAUUUGAUAGAAGAACUCUCGGCACGCCAGCUACUGGUUGGAUAGACGCAGGAAGCUCAGUGAGACCACUGUGCAGUUUUACUGUGCCGGAAUUUGAAGGCAAUUCCUAUAGGAUCACGUCAUUGAGUUACAGUCCGGACGGACAAGAUGUUCUCGUUAGUUAUAGUAGUGAUCAUCUUUACUUGUUCAGUAUCAAGGACCAAGGCAGUUUACAGCUGCGAAAAGAUGCAACGAUGGGGAAGGGGAAAGGAAAGAAGCAUCCUUUAAGGUCACCUCAACCAGUUCGUCGCUUAAGACUUCGUGGUGAUUGGUCCGAUACUGGUCCUGACGCGCGUCCGGAAAGAGAAGGAGGACGCCGCAGUGGUACAGAGAUCGCUCAAGCAAGACCAGUGCUUCAUACUUCUUUAAUGCAAAGGAUGACGGACGUGCUCAGCAGAAUGUUAAAUGACCCAGCUACUCGCGCUGCUCUCAGUGGCGGCGGUGAGGACAGCUUGGAAGGUGUUAUCGAGCAACAGGAGGGUAUUCAAAACACUGAGAAUAAUGGAGAGUCGAGCGCGGAAAGAAGUAACGAAUCGGCUGAAUUGAGUACAGAACAUGACAACAAUGAUGCAGGAACGAGUGGAAGUACAAGCUUGUAUACCGAUAGGACUGGAAGUAAUACAGCCGAGACUAGCGAAACGACGAACGAUGGAAGACUUGAAACAAGAGAAGUCGAAGAGCAGGAAUAUAACCAGUUAGCUUCGCACAUUACGUCCACGAGUGUAAACCACGAUAAUUUAACCACGUCCUCGUCGGAUGACGUUCCUAUGGAAAUUGAAUCUAGUCAAAGCGACGCGCAAGCCGCUUCCGCCUCCUCCACAAGUAGCCAUCAUAGAAGUAAGCAUGGCGAUAUAUGGGACGAGGGUGGAAAUGCGAACGAAGCUUCGCGUGCGAACAUAGGUAGUAAGCAGGAAAGUAUGAUGGAAAAUCUACAGGAUAGAUUAACAACGAUGCGAGAUGGUUUUCUCGAGAGACAUGGCAGUGAACCUGCCGUGAGUUUAACAUAUUCUGACAAAAGCUCAACCAGCGCUACCAUAUCACUCGGCGUCGGUGAUGAAGUAACUCGUGACAGUUACCAUCCAGGACCAUCUGGAAGUUGCAGUGAUAGAACUUUGAGUGCUGGACCGAGCAAUAAUCACAAACAUCGUUACACCGAUAUCAGAGAGAAAACUGAAGAGGUCAUUGACAGCGAAGACGAGGAUAUUCAGCCAGGUGAAAGAUUAUUAAAUCCAGUCGAAGCUGAGAUGGACGAAGCAAUUGCUAAUGCUCGUUCGUCUCAAGGACACGAAACGUUUGACGAAACCUAUCUGACUGAACUCUGCGUAAAACGAAAAUACAUGGGACAUAGGAACGCGAGUUUCUUUAGGACCAUGAUCAAGGAAGCGAAUUUCUGGGGCGACGAUUUCGUCAUGUCAGGUAGUGACUGCGGUCACGUGUUUGUAUGGGAGAGGGACACCGCCAAGCUGUGUAUGUUGCUGGAAGCGGAUCAUCACGUUGUCAAUUGUCUGCAACCGCAUCCGUACCUGCCAAUUCUGGCCACUUCCGGCAUCGACUACGAUGUGAAAUUGUGGGCGCCGGUAAACAAAAAGACGGACUUCGACGAGAAGUUCGCGGAAGACCUGAAAAAGAGAAACGCGGUCAUGCUGGAAGAGACUAAAGACACUAUUACUGUACCUGCGGUUUUUAUGAUCAGAAUGCUGGCAUGCCUCAAUCAGAUACGCAGAGGUCGAGGUCGCAACAGGAGACGGAGCGGCGACGAGAGCAGCGAAUUACGAGGUGGCUAAAUCGUUUUCGACGAUACUGCAACUGGUGACAAUGAUAAAAGUAUAACUCACGUGUAUCACGAUAAUUGGUUAACGAUCAAGCCGCCGUCUCGUGCGUGGACGACGUAGAACAUUUUGCUUGGUAUCGAUAAAUCAUACGUGUGACAAAUCGAACUUGAGAUUCGGAAUUUGAGGAUUUAGAUAUAUUAUAAUGACAUUCGAAUCAAAAAUUGUCUUUGCCAAGCUACUCGUUCCUUGAAUAUCGAAUUUCGUUUGUAUUUUUCUUGCCAUUUUAUGUGCGCAAUCCCUAAGUGUGCGGAAUUCCUAAUAGUUUCGUAUAUUGUUUGGUGUGCCGAAGAAAAAGAGUUUCUCUUUGUAUAUAUAUACUUUGUGUUUAAUAUAAUCCGUAUGAUUGUUGCGAUACAUUAGCUCCUUGACGAAUUUUUAUCCGAUUCGUGCUGCGCUUUAUCGUGCAUCACGUACAAAAUAGAAGAGAAGACAGAAGAAUUAGUAUGCUAGUCGAAGGUUUGCAAUAAGGGGUGUUUCGUCUCCGCUACAUAUACAUUUUAUCGUGCAUUAUUUAAUAUGAUAUAUUUAUAUACGAAGAACGGCAAAAGACUGUACUGUCGACGAUCUCUGAUGGAAGUGGUGCGACAAACAAAAAUAUCGAUUUAUGUGCAAUUGGGGAAUUGUUAACUCUUACAAUCUGAGAGACCACUAUAGCAGCGGGGCAGCAGUUCCGUGAAAUAUUACUACUAUUGUUAUUAUUAUUAUCAUCCACUUUUUCCAUACAAAUUAAUAAAAACAAAUUUAAUUUUUUAAAUAAGAGAUUCUAGAAAAUAAAAAUAAAUAAAUACACAGAUAUAUUUGUAAUACAAUUUUUCAAUGUUUUACUAACAGGGUUUGAAAGUUAUGCAAAUAAUAAUAGACAUUUUGCUUUAUAUUUUGAUUUUUUACUAUUAUAUAUUCUUGCAUAAUUUUCUUUGUAAAAAAAAAUAAAUUUAUGUUCUUUCGUGACUUUUAGUACAAAAAAGAUCCCUGUAUAAUUGAAUAAGAAAAAAAAUUUAUUUAAAAGAAAAAUUAUCGUACAAUCUGGGCAGCCACUAUAGUGACGGGGACUGUGGUUUCAUAUUUCUUAUCAAUCUAUUCUUUAAUAUAUGCGAAAAGGUUUUAGUUCAAGGACUAUAAAAGUUACCCAAAAAACCACCCAGACUGUAAGGGUUAAGAUUUCGAGAGACUUUACAUAGUAUCAUUCAUGUAGAAUGUAAUUAUUUAUUUUGUUACAACGUGACACACGACAGCGUUUCUUUUGUAUCGGAGGUGAAACGAUAUUCCGUAAAAUCUUGCAGAAUUUUGUCUCCCGUGCUCGAGAGAAAGGGUGAGAAGACGGCCAGAUUGUACGAGCUGCUUCUUAGGGUCAACAGGGAACGUCGUAUUCUUCUUCCGUUAUUAUCGUAGGUGUUGGCACACAAUGAUCCCUGUGAAUCCUUGCGUUCGUUUCGCAGUAUUAUUCACGGUUGUUACACUCUCCGUUUAACGUUAUAGACGUGCCGUCGAGAUAUUUGAAGAAUGAGGGAAUUUCUGCGAGAUCAGUAACAUUGCGCUUGAGAUUCUGUUAGAAAAAGAGACACAAUAUGCGACCCGUUAGAAUGUUGAGAUAGAUUUCUGUCGUAAGGCAAAUUGUAACACGUGCCUUACGGGUGUUUAUAUUGAAAAAGAAAAAAGCAAGAAAAGCAAUAAUAAGAAUAAUAAUUGUAUUCGCUUGUGAGGUAUGUAGCCAGAAUUGCGCGAAGAAAGUCGAGGGUUCUCUAUAUAUAGGUUGAUGACAGUCGAUACGGGUGUUACACCGUAUCUCGCGUUGCGUCGCUUGUGCAAUUUUAAUACGAUAGUGAUACGGUAGAGCGAUCGUUAAACGAGAGCAACUUAUAUGCUAAGAGUUAAACGACAUGUCUUUACAAUUGUAUAUUACGCGAAGGGUUUGUAAUAAAAGUGUGAGAACGCAUAG